AUGGAGGGAAGACGUCAAGCUUAUGGGAUCUACUUUGUGUUUUACCAGAAGCCCAAGAUCUACCAGCUGGAGACAGGUGCAAAGAUCAUACAUGUAGAAUUAAAGACCAGGGAGAGGAGCGAAAGCGCCAGACCUGCGCCUGGGAUUACCUUGGCCUCUCCAACAGUGCAGCCGGAGAAGACGAAGCGGAGGCGAAACUCCGGGGUGGGCAGGGAAGAGGCGAAGAAGAGAGCUAGAAGAGACGCAGCGCUCACUCCACACCAACCCUUCAUGCCUUCCCAGCCCGGCGUCUCCACUUCUCGAGCUGCGCUGCCCGAAAGCCCGGAGGCAAUCCCGCCGCAAGCUCCGCGGGCGUCAAUGACUUGGGGCCGACGCUGCCUCUGCGGCUCGCCUCGGACUCAUGAGCUGGGAAAUCCCGCGCAGGGUUCUUCUGAAGCGUCUCCACAGGCAACUGUGCUCCGAGUGCCCGGAACUGGGAAGGCGACACCAAAUGACUCCACCGUGAAGCGCCUCCUCCUAGGAGAGCGCCUUGGGUUCCGCGCUGCUUUUCGGGCGAAUUAUUUCUCGCGGGGUGCCUCGCGUCUUCCGCGCACGGCCUUGCACAAGUGCGCGCCUCCACGCACUCAUCCCCGUUCUUUCCCGAGCCAGGGCAAAAGCGAAGAGGAGCGGCGGCCCGACGGGGGCCGCCAGGCUUUGCCGCCGCCCCCUCGCGGUGCCAUGUGGAGGGGGCGCUGUUCUCGGCGGCGGGCGGCGCUAGGCGGCCGGCCUUGGCUGCUGUGGCCGUUCCUGCUGCUGGGGCUGGCGGCGCAGCGGGCGCGAGGCAGCGGCGAGUAUUGCCACGGCUGGCAGGACGGGGCGUCUUGGCGAGACGGUUUCCAGUGUCCGGAGCACUUCGACGACAGCGACGCCACCAUUUGCUGCGGCACCUGCGCCCUUCGCUAUUGCUGCUCCCGCCCGGAGGCUCGCCUGGACCAGGGCGUCUGCGACAACGACAGGCAGCAGGGGGGAGCCGAGCACGGCCGGCCCGACAAGGACCUCCCCGACGGCGCAGCAGUGCCGAUUUACGUGCCGUUCCUUAUCGUUGGGUCUGUUUUUGUUGCAUUCAUCAUCUUGGGAUCUCUAGUAGCAGCUUGCUGCUGCCGGUGUCUGCGACCCAAGCAAGAGCCACAGCAGAGCCGGGCUCCCGGAGGUAACCGGAUAAUGGAGACUAUUCCCAUGAUUCCAAGUGCCAGCAGCACCUCCCGGGGCUCCUCCUCGCGCCAGUCAAGCACUGCUGCCAGCUCUAGUUCGAGUGCCAACUCAGGGGCCAGGCCCCCCCCGACCAGGUCACAAACCAACUGCUGCUUACCGGAAGGGACCAUGAACAAUGUCUAUGUCAACAUGCCUACGAAUUUCUCAGUACUGAACUGCCAGCAGGCAACGCAGAUCGUGCCUCACCAAGGCCAAUAUUUGCACCCACAGUACGUGGGAUAUGCCGUGCCACAUGACCCUAUGCCCAUGGCCCCUGUGCCACCUUUCCUGGAUGGUCUGCAAAGUGGAUACCGGCCCAUUCAGUCUCCGUAUCCCCACAGCAAUAGUGAACAGAAGAUGUACCCAGCAGUGACUGUGUAG